AUGAGUAGACCCCGCCAAGUCAUUGUCGAUGACCAAGUGGCUGCAUUCUUGUCUUGCAACGUAAAGUCUGCCUUCGGAUUGGGUCUACUGGUGGGUCAAGUGAGCUUCUCGAAUGUCGGAGAUUUCGUACUAGCAGUGGUGCCAAUUCCAUCCGAGAAUGAGAGCAACGACACCCCUACAGGACUUGACGACGUGUCGGUCGACUGGGUGCAAGAAGUUGCUCAACAAGUAGACCACCUGCUACCCGGGGGUAUCACCGUCCUAGGACUCUACGUGGUUUCGACUCUGAACGUUUCAACACAAAUUGUGCCCUUCCUCCGUGCUGUUGCAGAGGCUGUGACGUUGCCCUCCAAUGUGAUUGUCGAAGAAGCUAAUGUUCACUACUUGGCAUUCGUGUCCUCAAAUAGCGAUAUUGCAUUUCAGAGCUUCUACGACGUGACCGAUGUCAACAAGAUGCAGAUGUUGUCGGCGGAACUCAAAAGUCCACAAACAGAUAUUCAAUUCAAGCAGUAUCGUACACUAAUCGAUCUGGAUGAGCCCACUUCAUUUGUGAGUGUUUCACCACGUGGAACUAUUUCAGCGACGGAGGUGGCUGAAAAGCGCAUGAACGAAGUGGAAAACCAGUUAAAGCCGUUAUUUCGCCGGGUGCAAGAUUCUAUUGCUGUUCUCAAGCCGACGGGCGACACAGAAGUUCAGCACAUGAACUUGCUGACACUGACACCCCCGAAGGAGAAGACGUUUGUCAAAGCUCCGCUUGGUGGCAUCCGUGGUGGUAUCAGCUGUGUUGCAUUUGUCUCUGAAAGUGAACCUAAAGCGAACGAGGUGGCGGCAACAUACUUGAAACGCGACUUCAUGAAGUCAUUGCUAGUGCGACUUUCGUUAGCACGCGAGAGGUGGGCCGAGGACGACGAAGUCGAGCCGAAUGCAGUGUUUCAAGAAGGUGGAGUAAUUCGCCUUGCUCAACGAGGCCUAGUACAAUGGCGCUCCGCCACCGUAUUGAGCCGGCAUUUUUUCGGAACGGUUCAUGUUUUCCCUGACGAAGAUGCUGUGCAAGCCGUGAAAAAUGCACUUGAGAUUCUUGGAAAUGACGCGACCAACGAUGGCACUUCAUGGGCUGCGAUGGAGAUUGGCGGCCAACUCGGCUCUCCCAUGGAUCUUACUUUCUGCGGGAAAGAAUCGGAGUAUUCCAAGUACAUGUACUAUCUACUGCCUGUUGUCAUUGUUUUGGUCCUCCUAGUCGUCCAGAACUUAGUGUGA